AUUUUAGUGAUGUUAAUAGGGAAAUAUCAUAUCUUUUUAUCAACCACCUCCCCUUAGACUUUCAUACACUUAAUUCUCCUCUUUCUUUUUUCUUUCAUUUCUUUUCAAAAAUGAGUAACAACAGCAGCUUGAGCAUGGUGGAAUCCAAAUUACCACCAGGAUUUAGAUUUCAUCCAAGAGAUGAAGAACUUAUUUGUGAUUACUUAAUGAAGAAGGUUGAUCAAUCCACAGACCAACAACAAUACCCUCUUCUCAUAGAAGUUGACCUCAAUAAAUCCGAACCUUGGGAAAUUCCUGAAGUGGCAUGUGUUGGAGGCAAGGAUUGGUACUUCUACAGCCAACGUGACCGAAAAUACGCGACGGGGCUCCGAACAAACAGAGCCACCGUAUCUGGUUACUGGAAAGCCACCGGAAAAGAUCGUGCAAUAAUCAGAAAAGGAAGUCUUGUAGGAAUGAGGAAAACCCUAGUUUUCUAUCAAGGAAGAGCCCCAAAAGGAAGAAAAAGUGAUUGGGUUAUGCAUGAAUUCCGCCUUGAUGAAGGUCCCCUUAGUAACAUUCGUUCUCAAAUUUCUUCUCUCAAGGAGGAUUGGGUAUUAUGCCGAGUAUUUCACAAGAACAAGGAAUUACUUGCUACCAAGCAAGGAAUUGGAAGCAACAACAUAUACUACGAUAACGAUACAAUAAGUUCUUCAUCUUUACCACCAUUAAUGGAUCCUUACAUUACUUUCGACCAAAUAAACCCUAACAACAAUAUCAAUAUGAAUGAAUUAUAUUAUGAGCAAGUGCCCUGCUUCUCCAUUUUCACCCCUAACCAAACUUUCACUAGCUCCCAUAGCCACCACCUCCCCGCCACCACAAACGCCAUCGGAUCUACCCCUAUCACCACCGCAUACGGUGGUUUUCCAGCUGAUAUUGGAAAUUACCUAAAUGCCACUGCAACAUCCUCUACGUGUGAUAACAAAGUAAUUAAAGCUGUUUUAAGUCAUUUGAGUACCAAGAAUAAUAUUAUGGAAGGUAAUAGUAAUAAUAACAAUAUUAUCAAUCCUGCCCAAAAUAUUGUGAAUAUAAAAGGAGGAAAUUCACCUAGCUUUGGUGAAGGAAGUUCUGAAACUAGCUUUUUAUCUGAGGUGGGAUAUCCUACAAUAUGGAACAAUUAUUGAUUUUUGAGAGAAUUAUUGAAAAUAUUGUACUUAGAUGUGGGCUAUGAUAUAUGGAAAGUCUUGUUUAAGUUGUUAGUUUCAUAUUGUAAUCUUUGAUAUAUUAGAUUAGAAUAAUGUAAGUAUACUAGAUUUUCCAAUACAUGUAUGCAUGUUCCAAUAAUGAUAUUUUCCUAGUGGUUAAUGUAUAUAAUUGUCUCCUAGAUUGGAAUAAUUUCUCCAU